AGUCGCAGUUCGCAUCUGGCAGCGCCCAGAACUAGGUUACACAUAAUUUUUUGUUGUGAUCCCUUCCAGCUGAGGAGGAAAACAAAUAACACACAACAUAGUCAAGAGUCCAGAGUCCAGAGUCCUGGACAAAGUACUCCUGGAGUCCAUACGAUACCUUCCAGCCGUUUAUCCGAGCCACAUCCGCUUGAGGAACUAACGCUUUACGACGACAGAACUUGGCCAGCAUCAUCUGUCACAGAGAAGAAGUGUCUUGGCGGCGACACCAUGGAGUAUAAACUGAUUGGACCGGAGCACUAUGACCAGGUGCUGGAGCACCUGCGUCGUAACUUCUUCGCCGACGAGCCACUGAACAAGGCCGCCGGCGUCUGCCAGAAUGGUAGCAGCAGCGCUGAGCUGGAGGAGCACUGUGUGGAGGCCAUGCAGGAUGGGAUGAGCCUAAUGGCCGUGGAGCCACAGCAGCUGGGAAGCUGUAAAAUAGCCGGCGUGGUGCUGAACGGCAUCUACAGGUCCGAGGAUACGGUCAAGGCGCUGGAAAAGCUAGACAGGAGCAAUGAUCCGGGAUACCGGAAGAUCUUCGCUCUGCUCCAUUGUCACAAUACCAAAAACGAUUUGUUUAAGAAAUAUGCCGUAGAAUCUAUCUUCGAUGUGCGCAUCCUUUCGGUGGACUCAUCCUAUCGUGGUCGUGGCAUUGCCAAUGAGCUGGUCAAGCAAUCGGUGGCAUUGGCCAAAAAGAAUGGUUUCUGUCUCCUGAAGGCCGAUGCCACCGGCAUCUUUUCCCAGAAGAUAUUUCGAUCCCAUGGUUUUGAGGUUUUCGCCGAGCAGCCAUACGACAAAUACACGGAUGACGAUGGUCACAUAAUCCUGCCCGUGGAGGCGCCGCACAUUAAGCUACAGCUGCUCAUCAAGCACAUCUACGAGCAGAAACUGGCCAAGGAUUAGAGGAGGGGUUUUAGUGAGC